UGUAUUAUUGGGAUACAUCGCCAAUAAGAGGACAGCAGGAAAGGUCUACGGAAUCUGUGCUUUUGAAUUAAAAUAAAGUUGUCCUUAUUAUAAACGAUGCCGUUUCCUCUGCCAAACUGUUUUCUUUGAAUAAUAUCUGCAUACAAGGAUAUUUAUUUACGAUAAUGCUGGUAGGGGGAUGGCGGAGACAAUUGUCCGUGAGUGGAUUGCUGAUUACAAGUCCUUGCGCUCUGCCGAAAUACAUAGUUUUAGUUGUACCAUUACCCAAAACAAUGAGCUGAUUCAAGCUGUAUUCACAGUUUUAGAAGAAAAGCGCUAUCAUGAAGAAUUUCUUGAACCUGUGUGCCAACAGUUCUUCAGCUUUUACAGAUCUAGGGAAGAGAAUCUCCAAAAUUUUGCUCGACAAUAUAUCCCUACACUCAUUGGAUUGUACUUAAGUUCGGUAGCCAAAGGAAAUAGAAAAAAUGUUCAUUGUAUUGAAAUAGUCUUACUGGGAAUUUAUAAUUUAGAAGUAAUAGAUUCUUCAGGUAAAUCAGCCUGCUUAUCUUUCCGUAUUCCAUUGUUAUCAAAACCUUCCAUUUAUCAUGAGCCAAUGAGCUUGUCACAUACCAUUUUAUCAGAGCGAGCAGUAUCAACUCUAGAAUAUGCAGAUACUCGCACUAUUACAGUUGGUCCUUAUGCAGAAGUUGAAAAAAUUAAUGCUAGUAAUAGGUUGCUCGUAAUGACAGUAUUGAUGUGGCUAUAUAAUCAGAAUAUAGGGAGUAUGCCUACAUUUUCUCAUAUGUCCAUUUGCAAGAUGUGUUCUAGGAUAGUUAAACAAGGUUUCAAUAGAACUAAUAGACCUAAUUAUGGAAGUGAGUGUUCAAGUGGAUAUAACAAUCCUCAUCCACGUCCUAUUCCUAGAAUACCUCUUUCUUCGCCCUUUCUUUUGGAAGUAAUUCAUGCUGUCUACUUUGCUAUGUUUAAUGGUUUUGGAUCUGUAGGUAUGCAGUCACUAGAGGAGCUUCAUAAUAGGGCCAUGCAAGAAAUGAUGCCAGAUGUGUUGCUGGUUACAAAUGCCAUUCGAAACUCUUUAAAGACAAACCAGUCUGGUCAGCCAAGCGAUGGUCCUAUGGGCAUUAGUGUUGCUUUGUCUCCGACUACAGUUGUAAGCAGUGUUUCAAGGGCAAUCACAAAUGCUUCAUUCAGAGCAAAGAAACUUCCAGAUGAUAUCCCUAUUCAAGAACACGAAACUAAUGAAAAUCAUCUCUCAUCCAUCAACGAAGAAGCUGAAGACACUGAAAAUCAACAGUCCAAUCCAAAACCCAAGAAGCAUGGAAACAGUAGUUCUUCAGUUAUGACUAAAGUUGGUGUUCUGCAGCUAAGAAAAGGAAAAGAUAAAAAGAAAGACAGGGAUUCUGUUAAUGGCGAUAUUGUUGAUAAUGGUAAAGUUAAUGGUAAAACAAAUGAAUCACUUGCAUCCAAUAGUGCAGAUGAUCUGGAAGUGCGGUUUUCUAAUGGUGAUCAAGUAUCAUACCGCAAUUCAUAUCCAUGCAGAACUGAUUUGCCAACUCCCAAGAGCCCAUUAGGAAGUAGCAUUCCAGGCGAAGAUGGUUUUGAUUACAAAGAUCUAAAUAAUGCCAAAUAUGUCAAUCAUUCAAAUCCAGGCUCUGAAGUUGUUAUAACAAAUGAAGGAUGUGUCCUCAAAUCAAUUUUACAUCGGUCUGAAUCAUCAAAUGGUAUUCAAAAUUCAUCGCUGCAAACUGCAGUUUGAAAAGUUCUAGAUUUUCAAUAAGGUUUACAUAUUUUAUCUUGCAUGUAUAAUUUUGUGUGAUGAGUGUGAUUUAAUUAUUUUUAAUGUAUCUUUACAUUUUCUUUAUUAUAAAAAGAUAUCUUCUGCAGAUUUUAUUUUUAAAUCUGCAUUUUGUUAUUAAAAGUUUGUAUGCUGUUAGUGGUGUAAUUGUUUGAUGAGAGUGAUAUUUAUUUUUUAUAUUUGUUGACUUUGUUUUUGCCAUUUGCAUUAGCAACAGAUAUGUAUAGUAGUUGAGUUUUUAGUUAAAACUUGCAAUUUUUUGACAAAACAAAUAACUGAGCUAGAUUCAAUUGAAAUAUUACUUUUAGCUUUAUUUGAAGCUUUUGUGUAAUUUUUUUAAUGAACCGUUUGGGCUAAUUAUGUCUUCUUUGACUGAAAGGUCUUUCUGCUGUGCAAUUUUUUGAAUUAAGAAUUCAUCCAAAGACUUGAAAUGUCUUGUUGUACAUGUAAUGUGUUGAUAAUUUAAGAUUUAUAUGCUGUGUUGUUUAUUUUUCACUUUUGUAAUAUUUUAUUCGCUUUCUUUGUACCAUUUCUAUUAAAUGCUGCAUUAGCUUUCUUUUUAAAUCCAUUUCUUUCAGUUUGUGAAAAGUUUUAUAAAUGAUUGAUAAUUUUUUUUUUACUAGAAGUUUGUGAUGGUGUUCAAAGUAAUUGUCUUAUUUAACCUUUAAUAUGAUUUAAUAUGUUGAUUUCCUUUAAUUUUUUUAAUUUUUUUUUUCGUAUUUUAGAUUUUGUAUGAGUUUAACAAAAAAAAAAGUGCUUUAAGAAUGGUUAUUAUUUUAUCUAUUUUUUUUUCAAGUCGUAUUUACUAUAAUGUAUUUUCCAUAACAUAUGUUAGAUUAUGAUAUUAAUAUUGCAUGGCAGGUUUAUCAACUUUUGUUGUCAAUUUCUUUUGGGGAAUAUUUAAUUUGUAAACCUUUCUAUUUUAAGUUUGUUUCAUGCAUUCAUUUUUUUUUGUGCAUACUUAUUUGUCAGUAUACCUAUUAGUGUUUCUUUUUAUAUUAUAAGUAAUUAAGUGUGUAAAAGCAAAGAAAUCAAAUAAUGUAUUAUAAUGUUCUUUGACAUAAGAGUGAGCCAAAUAUAAAAAUUACCUACUCUCUUUGAUAAGUGCUUAAAAUACUUAAGAAUAUAUGGCAGAAUGUUACAAUUAUUAAAACUAGAUAAAACAUUGAGCUUUGUAUACUUAAGUACAAAAAUUAGAUUAUAUUUUUUAUUAACUCUAAUAAAAACUUGUAUAUUUUGCAAAUAUUGUUAAUCUAAAUGCCAGUUAAAUCAUCACUGCCUAAAUGAGCAUUCUAUGAUUUAUGUAAUGGUUUUCAGUCUAAAUAUUUUUUUCUUCUGUUAGAAAAAAAAUUUUCAUUUCACAUUUGGGAAUGAAUAUUAGUGAUAAAAUUUCUUUUAGUUCUUUCUGCAUUACUAUUAUUUUAUAAAGUUCCACUUUCCGAUUUGCUUUAUGAAAAAUCUUUUUGAAUAAUAUUAGGAGAUAAUUUAGCAUUAUUUAAUAUUAUUAAAAGAAAACAAAUUAGAAAAAAACUAGGAAAUGAAUAAAAAAUAUAAUUUUUUACUUUUUGGCAUAAUA